AUGCUGCCUUGUGGUGACUUAAUUUGCCUAUCAUGUUUCUAAACACUUUUAGAGCCACAAGAAAGUAAACUGAUAUGUCCUGUUGAUAAAGAAACCCUUAUAAUAUCAUAAAAGUUCAGAGAAAAGGUGCAAAAGAUAACAAAGCAGUAAUAAGAAUUGCUUUGGAUUUCAUGUUAGUAGCAUAUUGACUUGAUAGCUGAGUACUACUGCAACAUUCACAGAGAAUUAGUAUGUCACUAAUGUGUUCAUAAAUCUCACAGAGCUCACGCUUAGAAACUUGAUCAUGUUGUUGCAUAAGAUAUCUAGGAAUUCUGUGAAAGGGCUUUAAUCAGGCUUAAAGAGAGAAGGGGUAUAGUAACUGACCUCAUCUAGGAAGUUGAAAAUUACAAUUAACUUGACAAAAGCUAUCCUGCUGAAAUAUUCGUUAAGAUAUUAAAAGGUAUCCAAGAUGAACUUCUACCCCAUUUGGACAAAAAAGGAAAAAAGGAGUUACAACUAAAAAUGAACAGAAAAGCUAAUAAUGAUAUUAGUGAGGAGUCAAUGGCUCUCUUUAAUAUUACCGAUGAUCAUGAAGAUCUUUUGAAAGAAUGGAUUCAUGGCGAAGAUGAGGCAGGAAAUACUUAACUUGAACUUUUAUAUAAGGGAACAAGAGAUACAUUCAAUUCCUCAAAGAUGCAUGAGAUGAUAAAUGAUAAAGGUCCUAUUGUUGGCAUAAUCAAAUCUCAGCAUGAUCAAGUUUUCGGAGGAUACUCAUCAGUAGGAUGGAAAAAUGCAGGUGAUUGGACUAGAGAUGAAAAUGCUUUUCUCUUUAGUCUAACUAAAAAGACCAAACAUGAGUAAUAUCAGCAGAAGGAAUAAGCAUUAUACUUUGCUGCCUCGUAUAUGCUUUGGUUUAGCUAUGACAUGUUGCUUUAUUCAAACUGUGACAGUAAUACCAGCAGUAGCUCUAGUUUAGGAACUACCUACAAGCUACCAGAUGGAAUAGUAUAGGGUUCAGUAGAAGGAUAAAACUACCUUGCUGGUUCAUCUAAUUACUCAGUCAAAGAAAUUGAAAUAUAUAGAGUAAUCUUGGAGUAAUGA